UGUUUUUCUCUGUGGAGUGUGAGACUUUCCUUUCCUUUCCUUUCCCCUCCUAAUUGCAAGCUGCAAUUGAGAACUCACCAUUAAACUUUCCCUUCUUUCCUUUCUUCUCUUGUCUCUGUAACUGCAAUAUCAACCAAAACCAUGGCUGCUGAACUUGUUGGAGGAGCUUUCCUCUCUUCUUUGUUCGACAGGCUGUUUGACAAGCUGGCUUCUACAAAAGCUGAGGACCUCAACUUCUUCCGUGGAUUGAAACUCGAUGAGUGGUUACUGAAGAAGCUGAAGAUGAUGUUGUGCUCUGCUAAUCAAGUCCUGGAUGAUGCUGAGAUGAAACAACUCACAAAUCCGCUUGUGAGGGAGUGGCUUUUUGAGCUCAAAGACGCCAUCUGUGCUGCAGAGGAGUUGCUGGACGACAUCAACUAUGAAACUUUGAGGUACGAGAUUGAAACUGGAUCUGGAAGCAUGUUUAAGAAACUCAAAACCACCAUCUCUAGUUCUCACACUUCAUUUGACCAAGCAAUAGAGAAGAUCCUUGAUAAACUACAUUUUAUUGUCAAGCAAAAAAAGGUCCUUGGUUUAAAAGAAGGUGUCACUAAAAGGCUUUCUCAAAGAUUACCCGCUUCUUUGGCUGAUGAAUCUCGUGUCUAUGGAAGGAAUGAUGAUAAGGAGAAAAUCAUGAAGAUAUUGCGUCCAGAUAAUGGUAGUAGUAGCGAGAACAAGAUAUCUGUGAUUCCCAUUGUGGGCAUGGAUGGCAUCGGCAAGACCACCCUUGCUCAGCUAGUAUAUGAGGAUAUAAGUGUGAAGAGUCAAUUUGAUAUCAGAUCGUGGGUUACUGUUUCCGAUGAAUCUGAGAUUUCUGUAAUAGCUAAAAAACUUCUUCAAGGGAUCACCAAGCAAAAAUGUGAAACUGAGGACCCCUAUCAACUUCAAUGCGAGUUAAAGGAGUCAUUGAGGGGCAAGAAGUUUCUCUUUGUUCUGGAUGAUGUAUGGGACGAGAACUAUGAGCGUUGGGAGGCCUUACUGAGUUCUUUCCAAUCCGGAGCUCAUGGAAGUGGAAUCAUUGUGACGACCCCGUCUUGAUAUCAUCGCAAACAAGAUGGGAAAUGUGCCUACACAUCAUCUUGGGGAAGUGUCUGAUGAUGAUUGUUGGAAGUUGUUUGAGAAGCAUGUGUUUAUUAAUGGUGCAAGGUCAGAGGCGUAUCAAGAAUUACAUGCAAUUGGCAGAGAUAUUGUCGAAAAGUGCAAAGGUGUUCCUUUAGCGGUUAAGUCUCUUGCUGGUCUCUUGCGCUCGGUGGUGGAUCCAGAGGAAUGGAGAGAGAUACUCAAUAGCGACAUAUGGGAGUUGCAGUUGCAAGGAAAUCAGAGUAACAUUUUGCCUUCUCUAUGGUUGAGCUAUCAUUAUCUACCUUCACAUCUAAAGAAAUGCUUUGUUUACUGCUCGAUAUUUCCCAAGGAUUAUGUAAUGAAUGAAUAUAAAAAAAAAAAAGAAAUAAUAUUGCUAUGGAUGGCGGAAGGUCUUUUGCAAUCUGGAAGGAGAGGGAAAAGAAUUGAGGAUGUAGGGAAUGAGUACUUUCAAGAUCUGAUAUCAAGGUCAUUGUUCCAACCAUUGAGUGAGGAUAAAUCGACCAUCUUAAUGCAUGACCUCACACAUGAUUUAGCAAUAUUUGUAUCGGGUGAAUUUUCUUGUAGGUUGGAUGAGGGUGACAAAGCUAAAUUUUCUGGCAAGACUCGCCAUGUCUCAUAUUCCAAAACGAAGGACUUGGAGAGUUUUGAAGGUUUAUCUUUGGCUAAGAGUCUCCGCACUUUCAUACAAUCAGGAUCACUCGAUGGGACAUUCUCAAUUAGCAUGCCACAAUUGGAACGAUUGCUAUCUAUCGGAGGAUGCUUAAGAGCUCUUUGUCUAUCAAAUCUAGACAUCAUAAUACUGCCAGACUCAAUUGGCAAUUUAAAGCAUUUGCGGUAUUUGGAUUUAUCAUGGAAUGAUAAUAUCAAAGAGAUACCCAAUACGCUUUGUGGAUUGUAUAAUUUGCAGACUUUGCGAUUAUCGUGGUGCGGACAACUAACUCGGUUGCCAAACGACAUGGGAAACCUAGUCAAUUUGCGCCAUCUUGAAAUUGAAGGCGUACCACUGGAGGAGAUGCCGCCUAUGAUGCGCAAUAUGAAAGACUUGCAAACACUAUGCUACUUUGUUUUGUGCAAAAGGCGUGGCUCUAGCAUUAAGGAGUUAGGAGGGUUGCGUUACUUGUCCGGAGAACUUGAAAUCCGUAAGCUUGAAAAUGUUGAGGUCGUUGAGGAUGUUGUGGAGGCUAACUUAAGGGAUAAAAGGUAUCUUAACAAGCUAGUCUACCGUUGGAGCUCCGAUGAUGCCGCUAAUGAGUCAACAAGACAUGGAGAAGUUCUUGAUGCACUCCAACCUCACACAAAUGUGAAGGAGCUUCGUAUAGAGGGUUAUGGAGGCGAAACAUUCUCUAAUUGGGUAGGUCAUCGUUCAUAUACUAACAUGGUUACUGUGUGUUUAAGCAAUUGCCACCACUGUUGUUUGUUGCCACCAUUUGGUCAGCUACCUUCUCUCCAAAAUCUUAAAAUUUAUUACUGCCGCGGUGUGGUAAGAAUAGGUGCUGAAUUUUACGGUGAUGGUUCUUCCAAUACAAAACCAUUUAGAUCUUUAAAAUUUUUAGAGUUUAAAAACAUGUCAGCGUGGGAAGAGUGGUCAAUUCCUGAAGGCCGAGAAGAUGAGGGAUGCUUCCCUAGUCUUGAGAGCCUUCAUAUUUUAGAUUGUUUCAAGAUAGGGCGCUUACCAGACUAUUUGCCUUCUCUUAAGAUACUGCGUUUAAGAAAGUGUCCGGCGAGAUUUUUGGGACGCUUUCCUUCAACAUCUCACCUCCCUUAAAGAGUUGAGAAUUUCUUAUUGCAAAAAUCUCCGGUGCUUGUCAGGAACUGGGUUGCCCGCUUCUCUGACUUGUCUCCGUAUCGAAGACCUUCCAAGCCUUGAAGACAUAGGUCACGACUUCCUUCGACACCUCGUCUCCCUUGAAGAGCUGGCAAUUCAGAAGUGCAUGAGCAGCUCAUCUCUCUUAAAAAGCUGCUCCUUUGGAAUUGUGAAAAGCUCCAGAUCUUGCUCGAAGUGCAAUAAUCGCAUGGGCUUUCAACACCUCUGCUCUCUUAGAAACAUGAGGAUUUACGAUUGCGAAAAUCUGGAGUGCUUGCCUGACGACGGGCUGCCGUCCUCUCUUCAUAUCUCCGGAUGUCGUUUGUUAGAAAGGAACGGGCAAAGAUUGGCAUAAGAUUUCCCACAUAUCAUUGGCGUCGGCGUCGCUUAGGUUUCCUAUUUUUCAGCUGCUAAAAGCAUAACAGCUGAGAAAAGUACUCUUCCAUCAAAACCAGUUGAAAACAAUACCAAGUCUAAUUCAGGAUUUGAGUAUCUAUUUAAAAAGGCACCUUGAAAAAUCCCGGGAAGAUGUGAUGAAUGAUAUCACGAGUCUUUUUUGAGAAAGAAACGAGAGAUUCGACACUGCUGUGAAUUAAAUGAGGAAGCUUUUUGUUGCAAGAAGGGCUGAUUCCAUCUCUAUCAUAUUUUCAUAUCUUGGAAUGUCCCUUGUUUGCACUGAGGGGUGCUAGAGAUUGUGGGCUGAUGGUAUUAGGAUGGUGAUUGCUGUGCAUCCACUCGUUUUCCAAAUCUUCAGUUUUAAGUCCUUAUUCCCACAACUAUAGUCAAGCUUGGAACUACUUACAGCCACAAUGGAAAGCUUGUUUUUGCCAUGCCUCAAUAUUUGAGUUUUGGUUCCCACCUCUCACAACUAUGGUUAUGUUUGGAAUUGCUUAUGUCAACAAUGGGAAGCUUGUUCUUUCAUGUGAACUGAAAUAUAAAAGCAAUCAAAGCCAUUAAGUUUACUGAUAUUGCUGCGGGGAUUUGAUCAAUCUUUUGGAAGAAUCUGUAUGGUUCUUAUUCUUUUAAGGAGCAUAAUUGAGAAAGUGUUGCUCCUCGACCUGGACUUUGUUCUGCAGCUGAGUCAUCUUCGAUUCUUCCAAGUACUUGUUUGAGGUCGUUCAGUCGUUGGCUCAAGCUUGUCGCUUUUGGCUUCUGCUCAUGUUUGGAUGCAAUCUCAUGGCAACCACUAUGAAAAAGGAGCAGUUGACUCCUGCUGAGAUGUUGGCUUGACUGUUCUGGAAGAGAUCUUCUGCUUCGAAGGAGAGGUUGCCUGCUGUGGAGUUGACUGAGAGGAUUUUGCUGGAGGAGUCGACUUUGUCUCCACGUUCCCGGAGUGAUCAGUGCAAGGCCAUACAGAAGCUUAACCUAUUUGAAUAAUUCGAUGGAAUUCAGCAACCGACAUGGGCGUGCUAUAUGGAGGAAAUGCGAAUUCUUUCUAUUCAAAUUCUAAUCCAUUGAGAAGAAAUAUCGCCACGAAUUGGGCAUGAGGAUUCUCCUAGCCACCAAUCAUUGAGAGAUUUAUUGUGUUCGAGAACUAUUGAUUCAUUCCAGAUUGCACCGCCUUGGCCGAUACUCUGAGAAGCCUUGCCAACCGUUAUAACGACUGAUUGAAAUGCAAAGAGAGGAAAGCCAAUACUCAAGCACUGCAAUAAAAGCCAAGGAACUAGUGAAGCUUCAUGCCAAAACUCUAAGAUUCGAACAUGCAAAAUUGGCUUACUACAGUAUUAUGUCUAGAUGUUCGGUUUCAUUCUCACGAGUGAAAACAUACGAAUGAACCAUGUGACGUGAGCUCCAAGGUGCCAACCUAAAAUGGUGUUGAGAGAGUCUUCUGCCAGUCGAUGCAAGACAUUUCGUAAUUCUCAGAUUCGUUAACGCAAUGGGAUGAUAAUCCUUAAUUUAAAUGGAAGGUCUUUCACAGAAGGAACAAAUUUCGAGAUAUAUCAAAUGAUCAAUGUUCCAAGAGCUAUGAGGCUUUGCUCUAUGGCUGUACCUACAAAUCUUAGAUUGAUCAUCUUUGGUAAAUCUCUGUGCUUCCAAGUUGAAUACACCUAUAUGCUUCCAAGUUGCUUCGUCAGAGUUACCACUUGAGCUGUCAACGCCGUGAUUGCAUCUAUCUCGUGUAUCCCCAUGGCUUUCUUGGUGGUUGUUUGAAGCCAUCUCCUCCAACAGUUCGUAUGCUUCAUCGAAUGUUUUCCCCAAAAGAGCACCUCCAGCAGCAGCGUCUAUCACGGUCUUGAUGUUUCCAUUUAGAUCAUUGUAGAAUGUUUGUAUUUGCAUCCGAUCAAGAAUUCCAUGAUGAGGACACCUUCGUAGCAUAUCCUUGUAUCUCUCUCAAGCUUCAUACAGAGUCUCUAUGUCAUGUUGAGCGAAGUGAGAAAGUAUUUCAUCAGAAAUUUUUGAGCUAGGUCCUUCAAUUUGAUGAUACUUCCUUGAGGGAGGGAAUUUAGCCAACUUUUUUUUUGCUUUGUUUCUCAGAGAAAAUGGUAUAGCAUAGUCUCUUAAGACCCUAUGUUGGUUUGAGUUUGGGUUUGUGUUUGCAACAUCUACAAUUUCAACCAUGUUUAGUUUCUGAGUCCUAGAAACUCUUCUUCUUUCUCUAAGUAAUCUAAAAAAUGUUCUUUUAAUUUCAGGAUCA